GACACCACAUCCACUAGACGUGUGUCUCUCUGGCGAUGGCGUCCAAGAAUAACGAGACACAUAUCAUGCGGAUUAUGAAAGACAUCCGUGAGUUCUAUCGCGAAGACUCCCAUCAGAUGUACGCCGUGGCCGAAGAGGACGACCUGACACGCGUUCACGCCCUUCUCAUCGGCCCCGAGAAGACUCCCUACGAGAACGGCUUCUUCUACUUUGUUCUCAAAUUCCCGAAGGACUACCCCCUGAAGCCGCCGUCCGUUAAACUGAUGACCACCGGCGCCGGUAGAGUGCGGUUCAAUCCCAAUCUGUACGCCUGUGGCAAAGUGUGUCUCAGUAUUUUGGGCACGUGGUCUGGGCCCGCGUGGACGGCGUGUAACACACUGUUCACGACACUGUUGUCCAUACAAUCGCUGAUGAAUGAGAAGCCGUACCACAACGAGCCCGGCUAUGAGGAGACCAAAAUCGGUGGCAAAGGGGGCAAAUUCAAGGUGUUUGAGUCGCUCGGCGGCCGCAAUGUGGGCGACGCCGUCCGCAACUAUAACGAUAUCAUAGGACACGAGACACUACGGGUGGCGGUCAUCGAUAUGCUGACGGAGGGCGGGGCCGACGCCCGCAAUAUGCCCCCAGCGUUGCGCAACGUUAUGAUAUCGACCUUCAAACAGAACUACCACUACUUCGAGGACACGAUUCGCGAGCGACAGUCGAUGGACGGCCAGCCGAUGACCGACCCGUUCCGCGACCACCAGAGACCGCCCAACUUUCAAUACAAGGAUCUGUUGGCGAAGUUGUUGAAGUUGAAGGCCCACUACCAGAUCGGCGAUGUCCGGCCAUCCGGCGCCGCGCUCUCUUCUCCCGGCGCCGCCUCUGUGCUCACCAAUGGUUGCGUCGCAUCCGCGUCCACCGCCGCCGCAGCCGCCUCGACAGCGGGCGGCCCGUCGUCUACACCGGAAUUGAUUGAUUUGACGGUCGACUCGCCGGUGCGCCGACCGGCCGACGACUCGCCCGUCGAUGAGCUGAUGGAGCCCUACCUGAAGAAGAAGAAGAAGGCCGUAGAGAUGGGAGAGUCGGCCCCGCGGGAGCCCAAAGCGAAUGAACCGAAUUGGGAUGAAGUGAUUAAUAUGAUGAACGAUGAGGAGGGAGAGCUCGAUGAGUACGAAGAGGACACCGAUAGCGACAGUGACACCGGUAGCCAUAGCUCUGACCAACACAUGGCUGACCCCCAGCCCUGA